AAAUCGAAUGUGCUAACGAAUCUGAAAAUUCUCUCUGCUUUCUUCAUAUAACGUCUGCCUUAUCAAAAUUCUAUUUACCACAUAAAUCAUUAGAUCAACUGUUAGAUCAACCGUUAUAUCAACCGUUAUAUCAUAUAACACCUAUCAUAUUAGCUGUUAGAUUAGCGGUUAGAACAACCGUUAGAUCAACUAUUAAAUCAACUAUUAGAUCUUAA